UUUCAGAAAUUCCCCAUCGACGACGCGAAUUGAAGUCUCUCGAAAAUUCUUCCAAAAAGACUUAUGACGAGACAAGCGGUGAGAAACCUUUGCUGCGUCGCCAAAACGCCGUCGGAUCAUCCACAUCCUCUGACGUUAACGCCACGCCAGAGUUUGGAAUCGGCGGCUAUCUAUGGAAUCAUUGAAUCUUCCGCGGACAUAAUCGAGAGAUGGAACACGGAGACCUCCUCUUUCGCCAAAGUCACUUCCCUGUUCUACGAGAACAAACCAGAAGCCAUGGUGUUCAUCGAUCGAGUGAAGGAUCUCCAGAACACGAUGGAUCUGCUGGUGAGUGAGGAUCCGAACUCGGAGAGACUCGCCAGGUCCCAGAAACUGAUGCAGAUCGCGAUGAAGAGGUUACAGAAGGAGUUUUACCAGAUCCUGUCCAUGAAUCGUGCUUAUCUAGAUCCAGAAUCCGUUUCUACUCGAUCUUCUCUCACCUCGGCGAGAUCCAGCUACUCUGAUUUACCCGACGAUGACGAAUUACACACCGCCGGUGAUUCAAUCGUCGAAGUGGAGGAAGUUUCUAGCAACGUCAUGACGGAUUUGAGAUCCAUCGCUGAGUGCAUGAUCGCUUCUGGUUACGCGAAAGAGUGUUUGAGCAUUUAUAAAAGCAUCAGAAAAUCGGUCAUCGACGAAGGGAUUUACCGACUCGAAGUGGAGAAAACGAGUCCAGCGAAGGCGAAGAAAAUGUCUUGGGAAGCGAUCGAUCUGAAGAUCAGAAGCUGGUUAGAGGCAGUGAAAGUCUCCAUGGAGACUCUCUUCAAGGGGGAGAAGAUUCUGUGUGAUCACGUCUUCGAAUCCUCCGACGCAAUUAGAGAGUCUUGCUUCAGUGAAAUCUCUCGAGAAGGAGCUCUUCUUCUUUUUGGGUUCCCGGAUAUCAUUGCUGCCAGCAAAAUCAGCACGAAGAAUUCCUCACCGGAGAAAAUUUUCCGGCUGCUGGACAUGUACAGCGCGAUCGCCGGAAACUGGCGAGCGAUCGAAUCGAUCUUCUCGUUUGAUUCAAUCUCCGUCGUCCGAUCUCAAGCACUUAAAUCUCUCAUCUCUCUUAGCGAAUCGAUUCGAUCACUACUUGUGGAUUUCGAAUCCGGAAUUCAAAAGGACUCGUCGAAGGUGAUAGUUCCCGGCGGAGGAGUACAUCCACUGACGAUUUCCGUCAUGAGUCAUCUCACGCUCCUCGCCGACUACAGUAACGUCCUCGUCGAUAUCCUCGCCGGAUCACCGCCACCGGAAAGAUCAUUGCUUCCGGAGUCUUACUUCAACGUCUCGGAUUCCGACGAGUCACCUUCGUCGGAGCUGACGCUCCGAUUCGCUUGGCUUAUCCUCGUCCUCCUCUGCAAAAUAGAUCGUAAAGCAAAUCAAUACAAAGAUUGCUCCGUGCAGUAUCUCUUCCUCACCAACAAUCUCCAGCACGUGGUCUCACGAGUCCGUUCCUCGAACCUGAAACAACUCCUCGGCGAUGACUGGGUCACGAGGCAUUUCGCUAAGAUGAAGCAAUAUUCCGACAGCUAUAAGCGACUUGCGUGGGGUCCAGUGGUUGCGUCUUUGCCUGAGAAUCGUACGGUGGAGAUGUCGCCGGAGGAAGUGAAGGAGCGGUUUGACAAUUUCAGCGAGUGCUUCGAGCGGGCGUACGGUAAACAAAGCGCCUGUAUCGUACCGGAUCCAAAUCUAGGAGAAGAGAUAAAACUAUCGAUAGCGAGAAAGCUGGUGCCAAUUUAUCGCGAGUUUUGUAACACGAGAAGUUCUGUUUUCUUGGCGGGAGCCGGCGGCGCGAGAAACUUGAGCUCGGUUGUCAGAUUUACCCCUGAAGAUAUUGAAAACCAUUUGUCUGAUUUGUUCUCAAGAGAGGGUAUUUCGGGGAAUUUAGCCGUUUCUUUUCCUUCGUCUUCUCGGUCACGGCAAUCCCCAGCUUAAAGUAAAAAGGAGUAAAUAUAGAUUUUGCUUUUUGUUUUAAAAUGUAAAAUGCAAACACUGAUCUUGCAUGGCUUUGGCAGUUAAUCAGUUAUUGCUUGCUAUACAUAUACAAUUACGAACUAUUUUUGAUUGAAUACUAUUUUUAAUUACCUAAA